AUGGAUGUUCAAUAUUGUUUUGAAUCCAUUGAUCAAGAACGAGUUUUGGAAAUAAGUGAUUAUGCAAUUCAUAAAUAUGUAGUUUGCCAGAAUGGUAGUACAAUCCGUUCGUUUUAUAAAUCUUAUGACGACUCAACAGAGAUUGCAGAUACUUUAACAGUCAAAACAUCAAGGCAUCCUGGUGAAGCAUUAAAACAAAAGAUGAUUGAACAAUUUUUAAAAAUAUUAAGAUAA